AUGGCCGAACCACCUCGCGACAUCUCCUCCAUCCUUGCGGCCCUAGGCGCUGCACAAAGAGGCACAUCUUCGACGCCCACCCAGGCGCAGCCCGGCAUGCCUCCUGGAUACCCUCCUCCCCCUGGCGGUCAAGCGCCCCCUUCAUACCCUCCGAUGCCCCAGCAGACCGCUCCGUAUGGCGGCGGCUACCCAGGCCUGCCCCAGCCUUCGGCCAGCGGCAGCUUGGAUCUCAGUUCCAUUCGUCCUGUCAACUCCGGCACGGUCAGCAUCGCGGACGCCAUCGCGCAAGCUAAGGCCUUUGCUGCGGAAAAGGGCGUGACCUCGUAUGAUCGACCCAUCGUCUACUCCAACGAAGCUCCCCGCGGCCCAGACUCUCGGGGGUACAGCAGGACCUCGCGCUCGCGCUCGCCUUCCAACCGUCGCGACCAGUUCCGCGACAACUUCAACCCCUACAGAGACGAGCGUCGAGGAGAUGACCGUCCUACCCCCCGAGACUACAGUCACGGCCGCGAGCGCUCCUACAGCCCCGGCCCCGCGCGCCAGAGAGCGAUCCCCCUCAGAGGUAGCGGCGGCGAUGACAACGCCGAGACCAUUCAGAUCGAGUCGAGCCUCGUUGGUCUCAUUAUCGGCCGUCAGGGCGAGAACCUCCGUCGGAUUGAGUCGGAGUCCACCUGUCGAGUACAGUUUCUGCCUUCCAGCGACAAUGGUCCCUUCCGCCAAUGCAAGAUCACCGGUCCUAGAGCACGACGCGCCGAAGUCAAGGAGGCUAUCAACCGCAUCAUUGAUGACAGCGGUAUGGGGGCCAUCAACCGCGGCGCAGCCAACCCUAAGGGUCCGCCUCCCCGCGACCAUCGCGCUGGCCCUCCCGGAGGCCCUGGAGCUGCUGCUGGUGCUGCCGGGGCAGGUGCGGCAGCUCUGCGAGACGGCGAGGACUGCAUGCAGAUCAUGGUCCCCGAUAGAACCGUGGGCCUGAUCAUCGGUCGUGGAGGCGAGACCAUCCGCGAUCUCCAAGAGCGAUCCGGCUGCCACAUCAACAUUGUCGGAGAAUCAAAGAGCGUGAACGGACUCCGUCCCGUCAACUUGAUCGGCUCCCGCGAGUCGGCUGCCCAGGCCAAGGAUCUGAUCAUGGAAAUUGUCGACAGCGACAGUCGAAACGAAGGUCAGCCUGCUGCCCCGGCAAAGAAGCCUCCGAGGCAGGAUGGCGGUCACCAAAGAGACUCCGGCGCUGGAGGCGGCGGCGACAAGAUUCACGAUGCCAUCUAUGUCCCCUCCGAGGCCGUUGGCAUGAUCAUUGGAAAGGGAGGCGAGACCAUUCGGGACAUGCAGAACGGCACCGGGUGCAAAAUCAACGUUGCGCAGUCUUCUGGUCCAGGUGAGGUUCAGCGAGAGAUUGCUCUCAUCGGCUCGCGUGAUAGCAUUACCCGCGCCAAGCAGGCGAUCGAGGAGAAGGUCGACGCAGUGCGGCAGAAGAACUCUGGAGGCGGUGGUGGUGGUGGUGGCGGUGGCCGCGGUCGCCAGAACCAGGACUAUGACAGAAGCUACUCUCAGCAGGCAUCUAACCCACCAGCACCAGGAUCGACUAAUCAGCCAGCUGCUCAGGCUCCCGUUGGAGCCGACGGUGCUGACCCGUACGCUCAGUACGGAGGAUACCAGAACUAUCUCGCCCUUUGGUACCAGUCCCUUGUGUAUCAGCAACAACAAGGCGGCGCAGCCGGCCAACCCGGCCAGCCUGGUGCUCAGCCUCCAUCAGGCUCCUCGUAG